GAUUUCCUCUGUUCACCUUCUAGACGACACUUCUCCGACAGCUUUCAACGUCGAGCAUCACCAGCGGCGCCUCAAUGGCAAUCCCAUCGUAAACCACGCGAUCAUCCCCCCUCAAGAAUCGCCCUUCCCGCGGCCUCCGAAAGACGAAAGAAACACACCCCCUCCCCUCGCCAAGGGGCCAAGGGGAGGACCUAGACGAUUACCAGCGAUGCAGACCUACCUCUCCGCCUCCGAGAAAUCUCUAUCAAAAUGGACAACACACCGCUCCACCCAGACAUCACGACCCUCCCGCCCGACACAGGCCAACGCCACGGCGACUUCCUCACCGCGAUCCCAUACAACCGGUCAAUGUACCGCACCACCCUCCUCCUCCGCCUCGCCUCCAUGCUCGACGCCGUCAUCAUCCUCGCCUCCCUUGCCUCGCAGAAGGAAGACGACACCUACAUCAUCGGCAACUGGGCGUUUGGGUGUCCUACGGCGGUCCUGGCGCUGCUGUGGAGCGCGGGCGAUGUAGGCGCGAUGCUGGUGCGCGAUCGCGGGUUUCGGUGGACGAAGAACGACCCGACGAAGCUGCCGCGGAGUACAAAGUUCAGUUGGGGGAAGCCUGGUGCGCAUGUGGCUGCGCAUUUGCUGAUUUGGACGCCGACGGCGGCGUUAAUGGGGAUUGUGAUUUCGAAUUGGUUGUAUUAUCAGAAUGGGGGCGGGUUUGGGGAUGCUGUUGAUCCGCGGCAGACGCAUACCAUGGGGGCGGUAAUUUUUUUCAUGUUUGUUUUAAUGAUGAUCCACUUUGCGCUCUUCACAUUUGCCAUUGUUGAGGUGGACAACGAGCGACGGCAUUACUCUGACGUCGUCUUCAUCCCGCGGGGCGAGCUGUGCGAGAUGGUGCCAGUGCCGCCGUCGACGCCGUGGGAGAUGUUCUCGCCGCGGAAGCUGCUUCUAUCUUAUUUUGCGAACCACUACGUUCGCUUCGUGCCCGGGGCAGACGGGACGGUCACGGUUGCUCGAGACUAUAGUAGUCGACAGGCGAGGUUUUGAAGAGGACCGGCCAUUUACGAACACGUAUCCAAGCCACGACGUUGGCUCUCUGAAACAGAUCAAAGGCUUCAAG